GGCCGGGGAAGUACUGCUGAGGCCAUCCCCGCUGCUGGUCUUGGGGACGAAAGAGAAACAGCCACUUAUGGAGAAGAUGGCCGAGUCCGCAAAAGAAAGUGGCAACGCGCCGAUGUGGCUUUCUCCCGCAAUUGCCAACAACAUGUUUGGGCUGGGAUGCGGAAGUGACACCUUGGCCUUCAUAGACUCCAGCGGAGGCGUGUUGAUGGCUGAUAAAUGCGUUGCGACCUUACAACGCCUGUUCCGAGCUGCUCACGGGAUGCUGCUAGAACGGAUGGCCUGUCGACGAGAUUAAAGUUGAGCGAGACGGGUCAGUGGAGGUCAGAGGUCAGAGAGGAAGGGUCCGCGCGACCUCGCUUGUCCUAUGCCCUGGUCCCUGGGCUGCUCCUCUCCUGGCGAAGGUCGGGGUGCAGAUACUGUCAGGGUGGAAAGGGUCUCCGUGCUGUACUGGCGUGUGAAGGAUACCAACAAGACCUCGACGACUUCCUUUCUCGACGUCUCGGAUGACAGGGGACACUUCUACGGCCUUCCGGACAUCGAGUACCCGGGCCUCGUGAAGCUGUGCUUCCACGGAGGUCCCGAAGUGCACCCCGAGUGGCGAGACAAAGGGGAUUCCACGGAGAUAAGGGAGCGAGUGAUGGGUACGUCGGAAGAAGUUCCCUUGCCUCGAACUCGGCCUGCGAUAGAGGAAUCUUGCAUGUACACGACCACGCCGGACGAGGAAUUUAUCCUGGACCGUCAUCCGAAAUACAAGAACAUCGUAUUCGCCGCCGGAUUUUCGGGGACCGGCUUUAAGAUCGGGCCGGUCGUGGGAAAGAUUCUGAGUCAGUUGGCCCUAGGUCAUCCCCCGUCAUAUGACCUCUCAGAAUUCAGCUUGUCCAGGUUUUCCAAGAGCAAAUUUUGAAAGACUCAAGACUCUUUCAGUGUGAUCAUUUCAGGAUGAUUUUUUUUUGUGAAUAUAUAAAGGACUUUAGUGUGUGUGUGUUGGGUUUUAGGGAGACCUGCCUUUGCAAUGCUUACUUAACUAAGCUGUGUGUGCAUCGGUCAUUCCGUAAAUGCUCAUUCCAUUGUUAUUUUAUGAAAAGGGAAUUCAUGAAAAGAAAGCUGUAAUAUCACCUGA